UUUGUUUGGGGUAAGAGACAGAUAGAAGAGGAACAGACACUCCAGUCUCCCUUUUACAAGAAUGUCUUUCUCCAAAAACAGACAGUUUUUUGUUUGGUCACUCAUUUACAUUUGCACAUUUUUUUGUGGCGACGGAGCUAACGCGACAAUUUCAGAUGUAGCAGACAAAGUGAAAGUGAUGCCGACGCAGAGUCCUGCUGCUAUGGCCAACUCGCCUGUUUUUAAGCCUGUUGUGGAUCCUCUCCUCUCUCUAAACCUGCUGUCUACUUUCCCAGAGGACCUGGAGAUCAACGAGUACUGCAGCGAGCUACUCCACAUAUUCGGGCAGCGGUAUGUGGCCUAUUUGAACUGCCUGGUUCCCGCUGCCCGACCUGUCAAAGUGUGUCUGAACUGCUUCUCCAGCUAUGGCAGCCUCCUUUCAAUAUAUUACAACAUCUCAUCAGACCAGAUGGGUCCUGGUAAUGUGAGCUGCAGGGACAGUCUUCUGCGCAGUGAUCGGCUGAUGCUGGUGUUUCAGCUGUACAGCAACCUGGAGGAUCUAUGGAGUAGAUCAAACUGUAACAACUGUAUCAAAAAAGGAUUCCAGGACCUCACCAACGACACGGUCUACUUCAUGUCUACUCUCAACCAAACUCUCACCUGCUUUGAGAAGUAUCAACAGGGGAACCACACAGAGCUGUGCAAAAACUGUAAGAGCCCAUACAAAAACGUGAAUGAGCUGUACAGCCGCAUGGAGACUAAUAACACUAUGUGUAUUGACAUAGAGGAUGCGAUGAAUAUGACCCGCAAACUGUGGAGUAAGAAUUUCAAUUGUUCCUUCCCCCGUGAGGAGACGGUGCCUGUCAUCGCUGUGUCCAGCUUCAUGCUCUUUCUGCCCAUCAUCUUCUACUUGAGCAGCUUCCUUCACUCGGAACAAAAGAAACGCAAGCUCAUACACCCCAAGCGAGCAAAGUCAUACACCACUCUGAUGAACAUUCAGGACAAGCUGAGCUGAGCGGGACAAGCUGAGCUGAGCAGAGAUGAGUGAUGACUGGCAUGAACAAGAUUUCCCUUCUUUGAUUAAAAGUCACCACCGAGGAGAAAAUUCGUCUUCUUGCCUAUUUGUGCCUGAGGUUUGAUUGACCUCCACGAACUGGACUCUACAGCAGCGUUACCUGUUGUUUACAGGAGGCUGUGAUACCAAUAAGUAUUAAGUAACAUGCACUGGAAUUUGUAAUGCAGAAAACAGACUUCAAAACCAUCUUCUCAGCUUCAGGAAAGGGUGCACACAGAAUUCAAAGUUUCUUUGGUUUUGAGCAAAACAAAUGGUUUUGAUAGAAAAAAUAUAAAGAUAGUCCACUAAUUGUGUUUGAGAAGGUCUGUAACUGCAAUAAUUUAUUAUUGAACUUGUUUUUCACAACAUGGCAAAUUUUAAAGUACAUUUAAAGAUUUCUAUGAAUGGUGAUUGAUUCAAAGUAUAACUAACUUUACUAAUCAGAUAGUUGUUCAUGUUGCUUUAUGACACACUCGUAGUCCUCACACAGCUCCUGGCCCUCCUUCUUUUAUCUCAUUAACAGUCAGGUUGUUUAGUUCAUCUUGCAUCUCGUGUGUGUGUGUGUGUGUGUGUGUGUGUGUGUGUGUGUGUGUGUGUGUGUGUGUGUGUGUGUGUGUGUGUGUGUGUGUGUGUGUGUGUGUGUGUGUGUGUGUGUGUGUGUGUGUGUGUGUGUGUGUGUGUGUGUGUGUGUGUGUGUGUACACAAAUGAACUAAUGUGUGUAUGUGCUCUAUUUAUGGGUUGAGAAAUGGGUUUUCUGUCUCUAAUGUAUGUCCAGAAGAGGGCUGCAAAAAGGAAGCACUUGAUGUCCAUUAGUGGUGACAUGUAUCUGCUGUAAGAAGGGGGGGUACACAUCAGUAAGGUGGGGGUGGGGGGGUUGUAAUAAAGACAUAACACACAUAACGUAAGAGCACUGCAAAGUGCCACGCUGAGAUGUUAGCUGUUUUCCAGUCAGUGUUUUUUUGUGGUUGCAUAAAGCUUUAAUGUGCUUUGUUGUCGUUUUCCACUGAUGUUCAACUUAAUUUGUUAAGGGUUUCUGACUGCUCAUGGUAUCUCCUUUUAUGAGGUACGAGUGCUAAAUUGAUGAGUUUGCCCAUUAGGAAUACAUUUAGACACGAUGUGAAGUAAUGUAAAUCUUAAUUUUGAAUGCAUAAGCCCAAAUAAAUAUAUUUUCAUGACAGAAACAACCUGCAGAUAUGUGUGCUGUAA